CCAAGUGGUGCGUGCGUCCGUGCCAUUCCCCAGGUCCAUACGUUCCGUUCGUCCACCAUAUCCACCUCCGAUUCCCGAUCCUUCUGUUUCACCCAUACGCAUACAAACUGACAAGAGAACAAUCUCCCCCUCAGUUUCCCUGAGUUCCCCCGAGCGAGUUCCCCUCUACCGAAGCAUCUCGCGAUUCAACGUUUUGGCCGAUUCAAACGCUCGUGUAAUCAUUCGUCUGUGUGAGAGGGGACUGCAAGGAGUCACACACAGUCGGCUAAACUUCAUUUUUUCUCUCCCUACCUCCCUCCCCACCGAAUAAAUAUCAAAAAGUGGUUUUUUUUUUUUAUUCAACUCUUAACCCCCGAACGUCGUGUGGUGGGCGACCUGUCAGCGUUAGACUCAACAGUCACAGUGCAGAAGUGGUUGAGUGUACAGCGUUGAAAAAUUCAAACAGUAUUAAUAAUUGAAGGAAAACGAAAAGGAGGAGAAAAAAAAAACGGAGCAGCUCCGGCAGCUCCGUGUCCACUGGGACCCUGAAAACAAUUUUAAAAAAUUUGUGGGGGGGGGGAGGCGGUAAAAUCCACCUUAACCCAGAGUUAUCUCACGCGCCGGGAACGACUCAUAAACUGUGAGGUGUUUUAUUCUGUUGUUGUGAUAAACCGUAAAGAUUCAAGUGCUACUAGUGAUACUCGCCCGGUCAUCUCGUUUAAUUAUUGUCGUUUUAUUGUUUAAUAUCCUGGGUUUCACAAUUAUUCUUGACUUAAAAGAGUCUAUCGUGGAGAGGAUGGCGUUCAACGGCGACGGACCGCACUCCAAGAGGCAGCGACUUGAGGAAGCUGGACACCGAAAUCAUGAGUACAGUGGGUAUGGAGAAGAGACCAGGCGCAAGAGAGAAGACAAUAACAAGCCAAAUCACGUACUCUUGUUCACGAUAAUAAAUCCAGUCUACCCCAUCACAGUUGAAGUGCUGCAUGCAAUCAGUGCACCGUGUGGCCAGGUACAGCGCAUUGUAAUAUUCAAGAAGAAUGGGGUGCAAGCCAUGGUUGAGUUUGACUCGGUUGAGUCAGCGACACGGGCCAAAGAGACACUCCACGGUGCUGACAUAUAUUCUGGCUGUUGUACAUUAAAAAUUGACUUUGCCAAGCCGACCAAGUUGAAUGUUUACAAGAAUGAUGCAGAGAGUUGGGACUACACAGCACCAGGAUUGGGUUCAAGUGGGCACAAAAAUGAGUCGAGUGGCAAUGGUAGACCGGCGCCGCUUCUUGCUGAACCGAGAUAUGGUGCAGCUCCACAGCCAUAUGGUUCAACACCGCAAGUGGCAUUUCCACCGGGUGCUGGACACGAUCGUUACGAGGAGAGUUUUAACGGUCCAACGACGUAUGCUGAACCGUACGUCGAGAGGUAUGGAAUCAAGAGUGAUUUUGCUGGUCGUGAACCACUCCAUCCUACACCAGCUAGGCCUGGUUAUGUACCAAGUCUUGGACAGACUCCACCCACCAGUGCACAGGGCUCUGUUAUGAUGGUCUAUGGGCUGCAGCCUGAUAAAGUCAAUACCGAUAAACUAUUUAAUCUUUUCUGCCUGUAUGGUAAUGUGACCAAGGUGAAAUUCCUUAAGACCAAGGAGGGCUGUGCUAUGAUACAGAUGGGGGACAGUAUAGCUGUUGAGAGGUGUUUGCAGAACUUAAAUAACGUCACCAUUGGCACUGAGGGAAAGCUACAGUUGGGCUUCUCUAAGCAGGCGUUCCUCGCUGACGUCACAAAUCCCUACAUUCUGCCUGAUAAGACAGCGAGUUUUAAAGACUUUACUGGAAGCAAAAAUAAUAGGUUUCUAAAUCCAGCAAUGGCCAACAAGAAUAGGAUACAACCCCCUUCGAAGAUUGUCCACUUUUUUAAUACACCACCUGAUCUAACUGAGGACACAGUAAAUCGUGUGUUCGUCGAACGUGGUAUUGAGGCUCCAACGACAGUGAAACUCUUUCCCCUAAAAUCGGAAAGAUCGUCUUCAGGUUUGAUUGAGUUCAGCAGUGUUGGAAUAGCAGUUGCCGCGAUAAUGGAGUGCAACCACACAGCCCUUGAGAACAGCAAUGGAAAAUUUCCAUAUAUAAUGAAACUGUGUUUCUCCUCAUCGCGCACAAUACCCACUAAUUUUCCACCAGGUGGUGCCGGUCAAAAUUCAUCCAACAACUCGGCUGGCAAUGGUCAUGUUUCGAAAAUGCAACAAGAUGGUGAAUAGAACGUCGAGGUAAUCCAGGGCCAAAAAAUCUAUUACAAAAAUCAACGUCAGCGUAAACAGCACUACAAUAUCCAUCAAUUGUGUAUGAAUACGGUAACACAGGCGGCAUUAAAUGAUACGGGUGUACAUUCAACGACAGCUGGUGCAACUGCCAUUGCCAUAUCGCCAGUGAUGCAAGCACAGCUACCACCUUCCUGUCAUCUUCUUAUCACAACACCGAGUUUGUAUCCACCGCCGCCACCUCCACCGCCACCACCACCACCACUUGCUGUACCACAGGCAUUACCACGUGCACAACUUCCAUUAUCCUCACAAUCGCUGACCACAUUCUGGCCCUAUGGAUGAAUAAAACAACUGAAACAACAGCAACAACAACAACUCAAAGCGUAACAUACCUAAACUCACUGAAACAGAGAAAAACAGAGUGACCUUUCUAUUCCAUAUAUCUUUUUUCGUCUUUCCUCUCUGCUAUUUAUUUUUCAUCUUUUUGGGAGAGAUAGAGAGAGUGAAAAGAGUGAAAUAAUCAGAGGGUUGGACCACAAUCAAUGUAGAAAGAACCGCCCAGUGGGUCGAGUCCCCGUUCAUAUCUUAAGUCUUUUUUUUUCGGGCUCCGUGGCUACCGACUCCCGUAGAAAUACAUAUCAAUGCUAAUCACUUUCACGAUAUAUCUCCAGUCAAUCUGGAACAACGAAUGUUUCCUCUUUUUUUAAACCUCUAUUCCUGGGAAACUUGGUGAAAUGAAUAUUUUAAUAUUUAUUUUGCGUCUGUACCACGUGACCCGAAUAUACAACUGCCGAGUACUUUUGCCGUUUCAUCGGUUGAAUUUUUUCUAUGGAAAUGCAGAAAUCGGGGGAAUUAUUUUACUGGAAAUAUUUCAAGGUGAAAUUGGUUGAUUAAAACUGCGAAAAUAAAACAUGGGUUUUUCGAUUCAACUCUAGUCCCGCGGAUAAUAUUUUUUUUGUGAUGACUUUUUUCACUUUUAUUAUCGCUUUUUUUUUUCUUUAUCAAUUAUCUUAUGGCCAUGCAUCUAUAUUGAGCGAUACAAUCCGACAACGUAUCGAAUUAGAAACUCAAUAAAUUGAUGAUUACUUUAUUAAUCGACACAGAAAAAAUUGUGUCUCAAAUUAAUCAGCCAGAUGAUAAUAAAGCUCGUCACAAAAUUGGUGUUUAUCCACUAGAACGAAAAAAAAAAUGACAAAAUUUCGACUGCUAAUUAAUUAAGAACAAUAAAUUAUUUAACUGGGUGCUCGCUCCAGGAGCAGCUGCAGUGUUCAAGCAAAAAAAAAAAAUAUACACUAUGAAACGAGUACUCGAUUUAUCGGAUAUGCGGAGCAGUGAAUUGAAUUUUAUAUUGAGAACCAAAAAACACAACAAAUUGACUAAAAACACGCAAUGACCUUGACGAUACAAUAUAUUAGUAUCCCUUGGCAAUAUUUUGUCGGGUCAAGGGAUGUUUUUAUAAAAUGAAAAUAAAUAUUUAAAAAAUGAGAGAGAGAGA